AAGCCACUUUCUACUCUCUCUCUUUGACUUGCUAGAGGACAUUACUCUUUCUCAUUCUCUCUCUCUCUUCUCUCUCUCUCCCUGUCACUCUACUCUACUCUUGCGCACUCUACUCGUACAUUACUCUAUACAAAUGCCUGAUACGGUCAUGCCUACUACUACUACUACUACAACUACUACAAACACUUCUUCAUCGCAACGCAAAAGACCUUCCAUGAACAGCAGAGCUUGCUCAUAUCAAGAUACUUGUCGCUAUCGCUCAUCUCUCUCUUCUUCUUCUUCUCGUGAAGACUUGCCUUCUAAACUACGUCCUUCUACUCCUGGUGCUUCUGUCAGAGGGCCUCCUCCCACGACACCUGGUUCUCGCCCUAGUCCCUUUUUUCCUGGAUUCUGGGUCAAGGAUCCUGCUACUUCUGCUACAACAACAACAACAACAACAAGUAUCUGGGCAGAAUCCAGUCCUAGUUUGACCGGAAAAUUUGUGUUUGAGACGGACAGCACGAGUACGCCAUCUGAUUCAUCCCACACACAGCACUUUGCCUUCACAGUCCAUGCCAACCGCAACCUCUCGGCUCACUCGCGUCCCGGCACUCCCAUAGACGAGGCAGGUAUCCCCAUCCCUAUUACUCCCGCUCAAUCCGCCGAACGCGACAAGCAGGAAGAGCAGCAGCUGGAAAACGUGCCUCCCACCCACCGCAAACUCAUGGUCGCCGUGGACGCGGCAGACCAAGAGGGGCUGAGAACCUUGGACUGGGCGUGUAAGGAAAUGGUCCAACCUGGCGACACCCUCGUGGUGGUGCGCGUCGUCAAGGAACAAAAGGGCUUUAAAGGCGGCUAUGCAGCAGCGUCUGAAAUGAUGAAAUCCAUUGAAUCCCGUGCUCACGAAGAAGCCGACCGCAUCACCUGCCAUGCCCUCCGCGCCCUGGGCCAACAAUCCAAAAAAUGCAUUGACCUCUACGUCAAAUACCGAACAGGCGAUCCUCGCUCGCAAAUUCGCGAGCUGGUCGGCACCGAACACCCAGAUGUCCUCAUUGUGGGCAAUAAUCGCAAACGGGUGUCCAACACUUUUUUCCAUGGUGGAGAACAAAGCUUUUUGCCAGAGGGGUCGAAUGUACCUGUGGUGUCGAGUCGUGGAGUCUAGUGGAUUCAAAACGUUUGUGUAAAUGUGCUUUUGCUUGUGUGUGUGUGUGUGUGUGUGUGUGUGUAUGUUUUUUUUUUUUUUUUUUUUUUUUUUUUGGAGACUUUCUUUUCAUUGUUGCGCGUUCGAGUGGGUUGGUCUGGGGAGAGAGAGAGAGAAAGGCGACAGUUGGCAUGAGACGUGGUGUACAGAAUAUAUAAAGUUCGUGCCUCUACUGGUUUGUAGGAUAAAUGGAGAAUGAGGGGGAUCCUUUCGACGGGGAAGACAUCAAGUCAAAUGUACAGAAAUAAAAAGAUUACAGCCUUCUUGACUGUUUGCAUAUUGGAAAAAAAACACGGGAUAGUGUUCCCAUCCUAA